AUGCAUUUCCUCCUCCUCGGCGCAACUGGGCGCACCGGCAAGCACGUCGUCUCUGAGUUACUCUCUCAAGGCCAUACAGCGGUAGCACUCGUUCGUACCGCUGGCAGCCUCACUCCCCGCUCUGGCCUCACCGUCGUCACUGGAUCGCCGCUAUCAAAGCCAGACAUCCAAAAAGCCCUCUCUGCAGCGCCUUCCCUCAUACCUUCUGCCGCCAUCGUCACCUUGAACACUGUCCGCAAGUCCGACAGCCCUUUUGCACCCCAACUUUCACCUCCUCGAUUCCUGGCCGACUCUUGCGCCAAUGUCUGCGAGGUUCUAGAAAAGGCGGGCAUCUACCGCAUUGUGGUCAUGUCAACAGCGGGCGUCGGGGACUCGUGGACCAACCUGCCGUGGCUGUCCAAGGCAUUCAUGGGGUGGACCAACAUAAAGUACGCCCUCGAGGACCACGGUCUCGUUGACAAGGAGAUUCGAUCGACAAAGAUGGACUGGACUCUCGUGAGGGCUGUGAGGCUGGAGUUUGACAAUCCGAAGAAGACCGACACUAAGAAGGACGUGCAAACGCUGGGUAGCGAUGGUAUUGGAAUGGGCAUGGCCGACAGCGUGAGUGUUGCUAGUGCGGCGAGGUUCUUGGUCAAGGUUGCAGUCGAGGGACUCUUUAGUAAAAGCGCAGUGGUUAUUAGGGGUUAA